AAAGUGGGUGAAAAAGAGCAACCGAGCAACAAUCCAAGACCCUCUUCCCCGCCGCGCCUGCCACCCGCUAAGGCCCGCCUAUCGGACCCGAAUGGCAUCGCCCCCUUCCCCGCCGCCGCGGGCCGAGGAGCCGCGCAACGGCGGCGGAGGCAGGGCGCCGAUCCCGCCCUACGUGAAGGCGGCGGCGGGGUCGCUCGGCGGCGUCAUGGAGGCGUGCUGCCUGCAGCCGAUCGACGUCGUCAAGACCAGGCUGCAGCUCGACCGCGCGGGGGCCUACCGCGGCAUCGCGCACUGCGGCACCACCGUCGCGCGCGCCGAGGGCGUGCCGGCGCUCUGGAAGGGCCUCACGCCCUUCGCCACCCACCUCACGCUCAAGUACGCGCUCCGCCUCGGCUCCAAUGCCAUGCUGCAGUCCGCCUUCAAGGACCCCGUCACCGGCAAGGUCUCCGCGCAGGGACGACUCGCCUCCGGGUUCGGCGCCGGCGUCCUCGAGGCCCUCGUCAUCGUCACCCCAUUCGAGGUGGUGAAGAUUAGAUUACAGCAACAAAAAGGACUAAGCACGGACCUGCUGAGAUACAAAGGGCCCAUACACUGUGCAAAGACAAUUGUUCGCGAGGAAGGCAUUUUUGGCCUGUGGUCUGGGGCAUCACCAACCGUCAUGCGCAACGGUACAAACCAAGCCGCGAUGUUCACAGCCAAGAACACGAUAGACAUUUUUCUCUGGAAGAAGCAUGAAGGAGACGGCAAGGUUCUCCAGCCAUGGCAGUCCAUGGUCUCGGGGUUCCUUGCAGGAACCGCAGGGCCGAUCUGCACCGGGCCUUUCGACGUGGUGAAGACCAGGCUGAUGGCCCAAGGGAGGACCGGCGACAUCAAGUACAAGGGCAUGUUCCAUGCGAUACGGACGAUACACGCGGAAGAGGGCCUCCGGGCCCUGUGGAAAGGCCUGCUUCCCAGGCUCAUGAGGAUUCCACCUGGUCAGGCCAUAAUGUGGACAGUGGCUGAUCAGGUGAUGGGUCUCUAUGAGCGGACAUAUCUGCAGUCGGCUCAAGUGUAACCCGCCUACUUUCGAAGCUGCUGCGCCGAAUUGCUCGGUUAGUCGUCGCAAUUUUGGGUUGCCUGGAAUCCUGAAUAUUCAUUUGUUCAUUGCUUGAGAGACUAGUAUUAGUCAGAGCAAUGAGCCCAUGUACUUUAGUAGUCAACAAUAAUGAUUAAAUCACUUGCAAUUUUGAUAA